UUAAUUUCUAAUUUCUCAUUCUUUCCGACUUUUCCCUUGAGCUAUUUUCCUACCCUGGACUGAUCAUGUGCUCUGUCAAGGGACCCUUGGACAAUUCUGACCGUCAUAAGGAUUGCCGAGUGACCGGUCUCCCUUCGUCUGCGAGAAUGCCGGACUUGGUAAAGUGACUCGAGGGGAGCAGAGUUCCGCCAGCCACUUCCAAGAGAUCAUUCGAAUUACGAAAGGUCAAGGGCUCGGAUUCCCUUAUCGGCCAGCCGCCAUAAAAGGAAAAACAAAAAACAAAAAAACAAGGUGAGCGAACUAAAGUAUCUGACAAUCUGCACUCUUCCUCGGAUCAGUUUUGCAAACGGAUGGUCGAUUUGCAAUACACCUUUUAGAGGAAAGGAAGCCCGCGUCUGGGCGGCAGAGUCGUCAUUGGAUGGUGCGGCUGUCAAUCAUCACGGGUAUAAAUAAAGGAAGCCGGCGCUCCUCCCUUAGGGAGGUCAGGAGUUUGUCGCGUGGGUUGAUCCGCCUUGCGCGAGUCGUGUGGGGAGACUGCGAGUGGUGGUUGACUGUUACUCCGUAUUACCUUGAGUAGAAGGGAAAAGGGUCCUCUCCUCCCUCCCUGCCAGGCGGGCGCGAUGGCGGAAGCUGCGGCGACGGGCGCCAGCGGGGAGGCGGGGGCGGCGGCGGAAGGCUGCUCGGGCCCGGCGGGCUGGUCUCUGAGUGGGGGUUUCUCGAGCUACCGGCCCUUCGAGCCCCAGGCGUUGGGCCUCAGCCCGAGCUGGAGGUUGACGGGCUUCUCCGGCAUGAAGGGCUGAGGCUGUAAGGUCCCCCAGGAGACGCUGCUCAAACUCCUGGAGGGACUGAAGCGGCCGGACUUGCGGCCCCCGCUGGGCCGGGGCCUGGUUGGAGGCCAGGAAGAGGCGGCACAGGAAGCCGGCCUGCCAGCCGUGCCGGGCCCCAGCCCGCCCUUCCCAGCCCUGGGCAUUGGGAUGGACUCCUGCGUCAUCCCCCUGAGGCAUGGGGGCCUGUCACUGGUACAGACCACAGACUUCUUUUACCCCUUGGUGGAAGACCCCUACAUGAUGGGGCGCAUAGCCUGUGCCAACGUGCUGAGCGACCUCUAUGCCAUGGGCAUUACUGAAUGUGACAACAUGUUGAUGUUACUCAGCGUCAGCCAGAGUAUGAGUGACGAGGAGCGAGAGAAAGUAACACCACUCAUGAUCAAAGGCUUUCGAGAUGCGGCUGAGGAAGGAGGGACUGUGGUGACUGGUGGACAAACGGUGGUCAACCCUUGGAUUAUCGUCGGUGGAGUUGCCACUGUGGUAUGUCAGCCAAAUGAAUUCAUAAUGCCCGACAGUGCAGUAGUUGGGGAUGUGCUCGUGUUAACCAAACCCUUAGGAACCCAAGUUGCUGUCAAUGCCCACCAAUGGCUGGAUAAUCCUGAAAAGUGGAAUAAGAUAAAGAUGGUGGUUUCCAGAGAAGAGGUAGAGCUGGCCUAUCAGGAAGCUAUGUUCAAUAUGGCUACCCUAAACAGAACUGCUGCUGGAUUAAUGCACACUUUUAAUGCCCACGCGGCCACAGAUAUCACGGGCUUUGGCAUUCUAGGACACUCUCAGAACCUUGCCAAACAACAAAGAAAUGAAGUGUCCUUUGUCAUUCAUAAUCUGCCAGUCAUUGCCAAGAUGGUUGCCAUCAGCAAGGCUAGUGGGCGGUUUGGACUUCUUCAGGGAACCUCAGCUGAAACCUCUGGGGGAUUACUGAUUUGUCUACCAAGGGAACAGGCGGCUCGCUUUUGUUCUGAAAUCAAGUCUUCCAAGUAUGGAGAGGGUCACCAGGCAUGGAUCGUCGGCAUUGUGGAAAAAGGAAACCGCACGGCCCGGAUCAUUGACAAGCCUCGAGUUAUUGAGGUCCUACCUCGUGGGGCCACUGCUGCGGCUCUUGUUCCUGACAAUUCCAGUGCUUCCUCUGAGCCUAGCUCAUGAGAUGGAAUAGCACAAAUUGUUUGGCACUUAGAGGCUUUGUACAAGAUCAUGAACAAUUCUCAAGAGUUGAUUUUAAGAAAUUUUCAAAGAAGGCUGCCUGCAUAGUGGUACCAGCUGCUGUUUGUAGAUGAUUUGAAUCAGCCCAUCAAAAACUGAGGCUACGCACAUUCUGAGGCCAGAACUAACUUUUGAACUUUGGGAGAAUGUUUAUUCAUCUCUUGGACAGGAGUGGAAAAACCUCUGUUUCCUCCUUCCAAAGCCAGAUGAGGCUAUUCCAGUUGGAAGGAUUUUUCUUUGCACUGAGUUAAUUAAUUUCUGCACAGGGAGUGAGAUUACUUAUUAAGGUUACAUUACACACACCAAAAAAAAAAAAAAAAAAAUUGCAAAAUGAAAAAACUUUAUAUCAGAGGCAAAUGAGUUUGGACCAAUACUGUUGGUAAUAUAAAUUGUUAAGAGAGCUCUUAUAAUGCUUGUCAAAUUCUUUAUUAGAUUUUUCCAAAGUACUGGUUCUUUCCCGCUAUGGACAAGAAUUGAGCAGCUUGUCCAAUGACUGGGAAAGGAGGACCUGCAACCAUCUGACUUGGUCUCUGUUAAUGAUGUCUCUUUCUCUAAACCCCAUAAGGACUGGAAGAGGCAGAGUAAGCCCCAGAGCCCAGGUCUUGGUGGUUAUUAAGAUGUUAAGUCUUGUGCUGAAAAUUCCUGGUGAUUUAAUAAAGUAAUUUCUAGCUAAAUAAAUAAAAGGGACUUUAUUGAAAAA